AUUAUCUCAUUCAAGCACAGUUCUCCCAAAGAUAUAUAAGCUAAGCUAGUGUGGUGGUCCCUGCAGAGCUUGCUUGAGCACUUGGGAGUUUCACCCAUAGAGGAGUACAGCUUUCAAACACUGGCAGACAUGAUGAUGAUGAAAGUAGAAGACCUGGUGACUGGGAAGAAAACUGAUGAUAAGGAGACUGGCAGCUUCCUCCCUGAGGACUUUAAAAAUGGAGAGUAUGAAGCUGCUGUGAGAUUAGAGAAGCAGGAUGACCUGAAGACAGUCUCUGAACACGUACUGACCCGAGGAGAUCUGGCUUACCAGAAGGAGAAAAAGUUAGAGGCAGAGCUGAAGAAGAAAAAACUAGAGGAGAGAUCAAAACUUGAAAGCUUGGAGGACCUUGAAAAAAUUAUUCAGCUGAAGAAGAAGAAGAAAUGCAAGAAGGUGAAAGCUCCUGUUUUAAAGGAACCCGAGCCAGAAGUUAUUACAGGGCCAGUGGAUGUACCCACAUUCUUUAGAGCUGCUUUGGAGAAUAAGUUGCCAGUAAUUGAAAAAUACUUGUCUGACAAAGGGGAUCCGAAUGUCUGUGAUGAGUUCAAGCGCACUGCAUUGCACAGGGCAUGCUCUGAAGGACAUCUAGAGGUGGUGAAAAAGUUGGUGGAAGCUGGGGCCCAGCUUGAACUGAAAGACAUGCUUCAAUCUACAGCCCUGCACUGGGCCUGCCGGGGGGGAAACCUGGAAGUUGUUAAGUUCUUACUGGACAAAGGAGUAAACAGAAACGCGAGAGACAAGCUGCUCAGCACGCCUCUGCACGUCGCUGUGAGGACAGGCCAGUACGACUGCGGGGAGCACCUCAUCGCCUGCGAAGCAGACCUCAACGCCAGAGACAGAGAAGGUGACACACCGAUGCACGACGCUGUCAGGCUGAACCGCUACAAAAUGAUCCGGCUCCUGAUUCUCUAUGGGGCGGACCUGACCAUAAAGAACUGCGAAGGGAAAACCCCUAUGGAUCUUGUUCUUCAGUGGCAGAACGGCACCAAAGAGCUAUUCAACAGCCUGAAAGACAAUUCCUACAAGAGCGUCCACCUCAAUAAGUUUUGAAGAGACGAAAACCAGACUACUCUCUUUUUGCUGCUUUUAAAUGCUUUGUAUGAAACUGGAGGAAAAUAGCUCUGAACAUAGUAUAUUUAUUGAAGAUAUUUAUUGUACUGGAAUAAUUGAAAUGCCUUCACUGAACACUGCUGACACAAACAUGCAGAGAAAUUAUUUUAAAUGGCAGAUUGAGUGUUAAGAAUCCACUGGUUUUAAAACAGCUUUAUUUAUUCCUAUUUAUUAUUUAUUUAUUUUAAAAGUAAUUUUUAAUGUAUUUUUUUUAAUUGUUUUAAAUUCUAAUGCAAUCUUUGUCAGUAACAUGAACACUUUUGACUUAGAUGGCAGUAUUACCAACUACUUACAUUAGCAACUUACCUCAAGCCUUCCCAUAGCGCUAAACAGCUAAUACUUGCAACUGUUGCCUUGUACCUGCCAAAUUCUCACUAUUAGAAAAAUAUGUUAAGUGUGUGGUGGUACGUGGAAGAGACAGAGAGCCAGGGAAGAAGGUCUGCUGAGAUGCCAGGUGGAUUUAGAGGAACAGUUGAGUAACGGGCCAUACACAUCGUUUGGCGAUCCUAGUUGAUGGAACUCAAGGACAGAGCUCCAACCAUCACGUAACCAUACGGACUGCGGGAUUCAGAUGCAAUGUUAUGAAGGUGAGAGGAGACAGUAUUGCGAACAGGAACUUUAAAACUAGAUGACUACAAAGCCUGAUGAUUGAAGAAUGCAAAAAAAAACAGAUGAUGUAUAUUUGUAAAUUUGUACUGCUUUUUCUGUACAUUUUGUACUGAUUUAUUUCAGAAUAAACAGAGUGGUUCUUUGUACUUG